AUGGGUAGCGAUAAUCAUCAGCUCGCGAUACCUUGGAUCAAACAACCUGACCUGCACUCCACCAGGAGAGCAUCCUCUAGUGCCAUAUCAAACAACUCUACAACAGAUAUUGAAGAGAGCGUAUCAGACCAGGAUUCACCCCAUGAGGCAUCAUCCUCACCUUCUCCCAGCAACCAAAGCUCUCGGACAGCCUCGCCAGGAGCAACCACACCAUCAGGUACACCUGUAGUUUCAAAUAGGAAGGGCAAGACCUCUCGUCUACGCCUUAGUCUCAAGAGUUUACGUACACCAAAGGCUAGUCAAGGCGAUCACGAACAGCAUGGCCGACGGCCCUCCAUUAUAGCGACACCUAGAUCAGCCAUGGAGAGGCGAAUGUCUCUGGAUCAGCAAUCGUUUGAGGACCGUUCGUCGUUUGAAAACAUUAAUGCACGUCAAGUAGAGCCGCAUGCCUCGAUGUUACAGUUUUCCACAUCGGCUCCAAAACCAUCAUCACGGUUCUCAUUUAUCUAUUCUCCCGUACCUUCUUCCCCUUCUUCCAUCCGUCACUCACAUCAACGCAGUAAUACUACGCCAAUGCAGUCUCCUGUUCCUUCCGGCUACGGGACAUCGCCAGGACGGUCGGUUGCCUCCCCCUCCUCUCAACCAGUUAAGGAGACUCGUACGAUGAUGAAGGACUAUGAUCCCAUGACGGGUAAUAAGAUGAUCAACAAGUACAUGGUUGUACGGGAGCUGGGUCGCGGCGUGCAUGGGAAGGUGAAACUGUGCCGUGAUACCAUCACAAAUGAAUUCUGCGCCAUCAAGAUUGUAGACAAGACAACCCGAAGACGGCUUGGACGUUCACAGUUCUCGAACGAACAAAAGAUUCGUCGCGAGAUAGCAAUCAUGAAGAAGUGUAUUCACCCCAACGUCGUCCGUCUCAUUGAAGUGAUUGACGAUCCCACUGCCCGAAAAAUAUAUCUAGUACUCGAAUAUAUGGAAGGUGGUGAGGUACGCUGGAAAGACACUGAGGAUAAACCAAUCUUGCCGUUGCAGGAUGCACGUUCAAUAUUUCGCGAUGUCGUAUUGGGCUUGGAGUACCUUCACAUGCAGGGCAUUAUCCAUCGAGAUAUCAAGCCAGCCAACUUAUUGCUUUCCUCCGAAGGAGCAGUCAAGAUAUCUGACUUUGGAGUGUCCCAUUUUAGUGAAAAGAAUGCACUAGAGCGUGAUCUUGACAAUUCACCCAUUGUUUCUAAGGGAUUUAACGUCCCCUCCACUGUCCACUCUACAUCCUCAGAUAUCCGAAGUGGCGCUUUAGCAUCUCCUGUGUCUUCUUCGUUUUCAAGUAGAGCCCAAUCUGUAAUUGGUGCCAGUCCUCAACCUGACCAAGGAUCACUCUACCAACAAAGGCCAUUGUCGAUCGUUUCCCAGCAGCAAUGGGGCGAGGACUUGGAAUUGGCCAAAACAGCUGGAAGUCCUGCCUUUUUCGCCCCAGAGCUGUGUUACGUGAGUGAAUACACGCCUGCUCUGUCGUCUGCAUCUCAGACUUCACUUACAAUGUUGUCGACAGCCCCUCGUACCAAUCCCUCGGCCUCUACAGGCAUGCUGGUAGUCAAUAACAACCCCACAUCCACACGACCGCCUAUCACCAAGGCCAUCGACAUUUGGGCGCUUGGCGUAACUCUAUACUGCUUUAUCUAUGGGCGAUGUCCUUUUAUUGCAGAAACUGAGUUUGAGCUGUUUAACAUCAUCCCUCGUAAGCAGCCGAUCUUUCCGGAUAGUGUUCCAGGACGGGAUUCUGUCGAGCCAGAGCUCAAAGAUCUACUCUCUCGUCUUUUGGAAAAGGAUGUAUUUAAGAGAAUCACCCUGAAGGAAGUCAAGGAGCACCCAUGGGUGACUGCAGACAUGCAAGAUCCUCUAAGGUGGAGGAUUGAGACUGAUCCUGGGAAUUAUCAGCGUGUGCAUGUCACGGAGGAGGAAGUAAAGGGGGCCGUUACUAUUAUGGAAAAGAUUAAGAACCGGAUUCGCAAGCUCUCAGUUUCCAUUGGAAACUUUGCAGCCAAUCGUCGACGAAGCAAGUCCAUUUCGUCAACAUGCACUUUAGGCAAGGCUCUGCAUAUUGGAAUCACCAAUUACUGUCGUUUUGUUGAUGUUGCCGUUGUCCACUUGUAA